AAACCGAACCAACCAAUGAUUGGCAGCAAUCGUCGUGACGGCACUCGCUUUGGUCCAUUUAUGUGCGGGCUUGAACGCUCGAGCAUUAGGCUCGUGGUAGAUUCUAGGAGAAGAACACAGCAUCCUGAGCUUGGUAAAGGUGGGUGUGACAGACAACAUCGUCGCAAGCGAAGUAGCCAACUUAGGAAUUAUUUUCCCCGUUUCUACAUUGAUCUCCAGAGCACUCUUAAGAUGGCAGCCUCAGCUGAAGAUAUUCUGGUCAAGGAGCUUGACAAGCGGGCCUCUGGCCAGGCCUUUGAGGUCAUCCUGGCUGCUCCUGCCCCUGAUGCCAAGGCUGAUUUCCCCCUGUCUCCUCCCAAAAAGAAGGAUGUGUCGCUGGAGGAAAUUCAGAGGAAGCUGGACGCUGCAGAGGAGAGACGCAAGAACCAUGAAGCUGAGGUUCUGAAACACUUAGCUGAGAAACGUGAGCAUGAAAAGGUUGUGCUACAGAAAGCUAUGGAGGAGAACAACAACUUCAGUAAGAUGGCUGAGGAGAAGCUCAAUCAGAAGAUGGAGGCCAACAAAGAGAACCGCACAGCACUUAUGGCAGCGAUGAAUGAGAAAUUCAAGGAGAAGGACAAGAAGUUGGAAGAGGUGCGAAAGAACAAGGAAACCAAAGAAGGCACUGACGACUGAAAGUUGCAAACGGGGGAUUGCAGAGGGUUUUUUACGUAUCCAAAGAUUGAUUUAUAUUUUGUUCGGCCAGUUUUUUUUUCACUACCCACCUUUUUGAAAUAAGUCCCGAGUUCCAUUUUGUGACUUUUUCCAUUCUCCUGCUAAGUGUACUUGCGCUGGUUUUACAUGUGGAUCAUCCCCCCUCCCCCACUUGGUGGGUCUAUUCCAUUUGAUAUGUAGCUUGUCAGUGCAGCUUUUGCCCUUUUUGAAAAUUAGCAGUGUACUUAACCUUUUUUGAGGAAGCAUGUUUCUAUGCAUAGGUAAUUAUUUCCUGCCUAUUUCAUAGUGAGUUUUGAAAGUCCCUGUGAACCACACCUGUUAACACUUGAUGUAUAUCAAAAUAAAAGUAGCACAUGGUCUGAUAAAGGCGUCGGCUGUUAUACAUGCAGGUGUUUAGUGCAGCUUUACUACUCUGGGUUUGCUCCUGCAGAACAUGUUUUGCGCCACUGCUGAUUAUUCGCUUUUGUAAAAAUAUGGGGUUGUCUUCAAAGCACAUAACUGGUUGCUGAAUAGCUGUGAAUUAACAUGCCAGACGUGGAUGUCAUCUUGACUAUCACUGAACAGGGGGCUUCACAUGGAAUGCAAAUGAGCAAUACACUUUGGCAUCUCAAAAGAUACAGUGGCUAGUUGACUUGAACUGUUGUAUUAAAACAAAUAAAAUGUAAACACUG